UACUGGGCGCCUUCUGCUCAUUGGCUCGUCUUUGUCGCGAGAAGAAGAAUCGUAAAACCGCUGUUGCGCCGUGGUGGCCGGUGUGCUGGAGAAGUUGGGAACAUGCUGAGCAUUCUAAAGACUGAUAGCUAUGUGGAGCUGAGUCAGUACCGGGACCAGCAUUUCAAGGGCAAAAGAGAUGAGCAAGAUAAACUUUUGAAACAAAGCUGCACUUUGUAUGUUGGAAACCUCUCAUUUUAUACAACAGAAGAGCAGAUACAUGAAUUAUUCAGCAAGAGUGGAGAUGUCAAAAAGAUCGUUAUGGGUCUGGAUAAAAUGAAGAAAACUGCUUGUGGAUUCUGCUUUGUAGAAUACUAUACCAGAGCUGACUCUGAGCAUUGCAUGAGAUUCAUCAAUGGUACUCGCUUAGAUGAUCGGAUUAUCAGAACAGACUGGGAUGCUGGCUUCAAAGAAGGAAGGCAAUAUGGACGUGGCAAAUCGGGUGGCCAGGUCAGAGAUGAGUACCGUGAAGACUAUGAUGCAGGAAGGGGAGGCUAUGGUAAAGUUGUACAGACUUUUUGAAGACGCCCACAGCCAAGCUCAAGCUCUCCUUGGAUGUGAAGUUUAUUUGCGACAGCAGUUUUAAGUUUUUUGUUUCCCCUUUGUUUUGACCCAAGUAAAUAAGUGUGUGUUUUUUGCUAAUUUUGGCUUUAUUUUUUAAGUCCUUCUACAUGAAAAUUAAGGUUCAUAUACACUUGUUCACAUUUUAAAUUAAACCUUUAAAAAUGGCUUCAAA